CUAUACUCAUCUACACACUAGAGACACAAGAGACACACCUCCCCAGCUGUAUCCAGGCACUUUGCAGCUCUCCUCCUCCAUCUGAUCCUGCCCCGCACGUCAUCCACGACUCGACUCGACGCGACCAAGGACAUUAAGUGCAGGAAUUACGGCAGUAGUCUUUGACUUGCCGCUGGACUUGGGCCUCAUCUCGGAGAACAAGUCUCAUUAUAAAACUACUUGGCGAGUCUCGAGGAAGCGGGAUGACGACGCCGCGAUUUUCUUGGGCACUCUACGCUAGUUUGAUUCUUCUACGACUCUAUCUUGCCCUUCAGCCUUCCUACAUACACCCAGACGAGCUAUUCCAAGGUGCCGACGCCGUUACUGCUGAUCUGUUUCAUGCAGGAAAGUCAUCCACGCUAUCAUGGGAAUUCACUUCGCAACGGCCAGUUCGUUCCAUUGCGCCGCUGUACAUCUUCCUCUCUCCGGCGCUCUAUCUCCUCCGUGCUUUCAAGCCCGCUGCAUCGCCGCAGCAGAUCUUCGCUACUCUCAGGCUGCAGCAAUUCGGCCUAUCGCUCGGUAUUGACGCGCUCAUUUACCUGCUGAGCAACGCACGACGUACACGACAGCACAAAACGCUAGCCAAUGUCAUUUUGUUUGCUAGUAGCUACACAGCGUGGACCUACCAUACGCAUACUUUCUCAAACAGUUGGGAGACAUGGUUGGUCUUAUUGGCGCUGUACUUGCAUCUCUAUCAGCACGGCUACAUGGCUCAGCUACUCAGAGGCGUCAUUCUGGCCCUUGGUGCAUUCACACGCGUGUCGUUUGUAUCGUUUUUGGCACCCAUCUACUUGCUGUCUCUCGGGCAGCGCGCAGCACUCGCUUCCAGCAUCAUUAGCUUGACGGCUGCAAUUGCUACCGCUACCGUCUUUGUCCUUGCAGACUCGGCGUACUAUCAAAACACGACACCACUGCCAAUACCAGCAGUUCUGACGAGUUGGCCAGGAGCGGCAGCAUGUCAAGCGAUUUUAUCGAAACUGGUCUUGACACCAGUGAAUAAUCUGCUUUACAAUGCAGAUAGCGCCAAUCUCGCCAAGCAUGGUCUGCAUCCACGAUGGACGCAUCUCCUCAACCUCGUCAUUCUCCUUGGUCCAGCCCUUACUUUGCUACCUGGUCGAUUACCCACUCGAAGUGCCACGUUGCUCGUCUCGGCCGUUGCGGGAUUCGUGAGUCUCUCCCUCGUGCCGCACCAAGAAGCUCGAUUCUUACUGCCGGUCACGGCGCUGCUUCUCACUGCACUGGACCUAGACCCUCAAAACGAAGUUGUUGCCGAGGAGAUUGUGGUGACAGAGGUCGAGACGGCGCUGGAGAAGGACAUACUCGUGACCGACACACAAAUUGUGGCCCCAACUCGCCGCAUCAGCCGUCGCUUCAUUGCUUCCUGGAUUGUGUUUAAUGCGCUUGCUGGUGGGCUCUUCGGCUUGCUUCAUCAGCGCGGCGUCAUCAGUGCGUCUCUUGAUAUCGCACGCAUGCAACAGUCGGCAGGGUCAACACUUUAUGAACCAGGUCAUACAGCGGUACAAAGGACGGUCACGAGAAGUAUCAAUGCUUCGAAUCCACCCAAAGUGACAGAGAGUACGCCGGUGGUCAAUAAAUCCAAAACACUCGUUCCGGCAAACGAAAUUCAAGUCGCGUACUAUAAGACUUACCCUGCUCCCGCGUACCUGUUACCCCCUGGCGUCACCGUCAAACACUUACAAGGCUGUUCUGAGCAUUGCACAAAUCCUGGUGCAGCAUUGAAUAGAGAUUCUCUCGAAGGUGCUAGUUUCUUGGUCGUUCCGCUUGCCUUUUUCGAUGAUUGCAUUGGCAACAUGACGGAAGCGAGACGCGCCACUGCAAAGUUCUUGACGAGUACUUUUGUUGAAGUGGGGCGGUAUCCGCAUGUGGAUCUGGAUAAUCUCGACUUGACGGUACUUCCAACGUGGCAACGAUACAGGCAAUCUCUGCAAACUUGGACAAGUGGUCGCAAGGAACCGGCACCGAGUCGCUCAGAGAAGCAAGAGAAAAGACCUGUCAAGCCUGAAGCGAAGCAGCCAAAGCAAGCUUCUACGCCAGUGAUGCCAGCAGAACGAAUCACGCCGGAUGUGUCCACUGCGGAUCCCGUGCCAGCGAGCCCAGUUCCUGAAGUCAGUGUCACGCCUGGACCCAAGGAAACAGCCAUGCCUGAUAUUGCAUGGACAACAUGGCUCUACAAGCGCGUUGUAGAGGGAGAACCGUCCAAUCCAGUGACGACAGGUCAGACUUGGCUUGAGCCCGUUUGGCUGACGGAGCAGUUUGUGCGUGAUGCAGCGCAGGCGCAAAGUCUAGUGCUAUUGAAACGCAGGCAUCCCGUCAAGUCUGUAAGGGAGGGAGGAGCAGAUGCUGCAGGUGCUGUGAGAAGACGAGUGCCGGAUGCUGAUUGGCGUAUGAUGUGAUGUAGCAAUGCUCCUUAAGCUUUCUAUUCGAUAUUCCUCUCGAGGUACGCCAUCUGAUGAUUUCCUGCCGAAGUCCCGAGGUCGU